GAGAGAGAGAGUUAUGGGAGGAGGAGGAGGAGGUGGUGGUGGUGGUGGAGGAGGAGAAAUCCAAUCAGCGCUACUCAGCAUUUCUUUUCUGAGAAAAAGGAAGACGAGAAAGUAGCCGUUAAUAUCAACAACAACAACAACUUUCCUUAACAAGCUUCUCUUUCUUUCUACUACUGAAAAAAAAUUAAAAAAUACCCUUCAAAAAAAGGAAUCACUUUUUCUCAAACUGUAUAGAAAAAAGAUCAAGCACUGGAUAGAUAGAUACAUAGAGAUGUAUUCAGCUCCUCCUCCACCUCCUCAGGGAUCAGAUCCAAGAGGACUUACUAAUGGAAUGGACACACCUAGGGUUUAUCAGACCUGGAAAGGAAACAAUAGAUUUUUUCUCCAAGGGAGGUUUAUAUUUGGACCGGAUGUGAGAUCAGUGGCGUUGACUAUAUUCCUCAUUGCAGCACCUGUAGCAGUGUUCUGUGUGUUUGUUGCCAAAAAGCUAAUGAAUGUUUAUUCACAUCACCUUGGAAUAUCAAUCAUGGUGGUUGCUGUGGCAUUCACAUUAUAUGAUUUAGCUCUUCUUUUGCUUACGUCUGGAAGAGAUCCUGGUAUUAUACCUCGCAAUGCACACCCUCCAGAGCCAGAAGGCUUUGACGGGAAUGCCGAAGUUGGGGGUGGACAAACCCCUCAUUUACGUUUGCCUCGAAUGAAAGAUGUUACACUGGCGAAUGGGGUCGUUGUAAAGGUCAAGUACUGUGAUACCUGCAUGCUGUAUAGACCUCCACGCUGCUCACACUGCUCAAUCUGCAAUAACUGUGUGGAACGAUUUGACCACCACUGCCCCUGGGUUGGACAGUGUAUUGGACUGAGGAAUUACCGAUUCUUCUUCAUGUUUAUUUUCUCCACAACUCUUCUUUGCGUAUAUGUUUUUGGAUUCUGCUGGGUAUACAUAAAGAGGAUUAUGGAUGCGGAGCAAAUUACUGUCUGGAAAGCAAUGACCAAGACUCCUGCGUCCAUAGUGCUGAUAAUUUACACCUUCAUAUCAGUCUGGUUUGUUGGUGGUCUCACCGUCUUCCAUUUGUAUCUCAUAAGUACAAACCAGACUACCUAUGAGAACUUCAGAUACCGAUAUGAUCGGAGAGUAAACCCAUACAACAAAGGAGUAGCUAAUAACUUUAAGGAUACAUUCUGCAAUAGCAUAGCUCCAUCUAAGAAUAAAUUCAGGGAUAUGGUGCCUCAAGAGUCCAGCUUACCCCCAAGAACAGUGAGUGGUGGGGGUUUCAUUAGUCCAAAUAUGGGAAAAGCUGUAGGAGAUAUAGAAAUGGGUAGGAAAGCAGGAUGGGCAGAAGCUGGGGCUGGAUUAGACGAAUUUGAGGGGCGUCUUAGUAACACUGAUGGACAUGACAAAGAUAAUGGAUUUGGGAAUGCCUCUCCCGAUUUAAGUCGGACACUACCUACUGAGAACAUUGAGGGGCGUGCUCCAACGCAUCCCAGGCGAUCUAGUUGGGGAAGGAAAAGCGGAAGUUGGGAAAUAUCCCCCGAAGUUCUUGCUUUGGCUGCAGCUGGAGUUGGCGAAUCAAACCGACAUAGCAGUGGCAGCACAACAGGUGGUAACCGAUAAUCUUUUAGACUGUGAACAUAGGCUGUAAAAGAAAUCGAUACUCUGUGUUAGUGUGAGUUUAUUUUUUUCUCGGGGACUUUGCUCUAUUUUUCCUUCUUCUUCAAUGAAUAUUUGGUUUACAAAGCA